GCCAUUAACCAUCAAAUGUAUGCCUGGUAUUGGGUUCAUACGGACUUGCCCAUUGGACCCUUCAAUGAAUUUGUUUCUGUGGACUACCCCGCAUUCAAAGACAAAUUCAUUCCCCGAUAAAGCGUAACACAUAUGAUGCGGCAAUUACCGCUAAAACGAUAUAUUCAAGUUCAAUGACCGUCGUUAGGCAGCUCCGCUGUGUUGACCUCUAUUGCUAAUCUUGCUACAUCCGCUCCCCUUGCUUAAGGGCGCACAACAUCGCUAUUCCGACCCUCUCCAGAAUUUAAAUGUACUCCUCAGGGCGUUCUAAACCGACGCAGCUUACCACAAGCCUUUAUGAUCUCAAAAGUGUGUUUCACCCUCCCACGGCUUUGGUUUCACUUGAAUCUCUGGGCAAAAGCACUACGUCUAAAAUAACCGUUUCGAAUACCGCAUCGGAUAAUGCCCCAGUGGCGCCGUCUGACUCACGGAUACGGAGUUUGCACAGGCGGCUACUCAACUUUCUUGCCCACAAGCAACGUAUUAUCGCCCGGCGUUCAGAGGGAACCCUUGAUACUGGCGAUGGCGGUAACUUUAGCAUGUCGUACCCCAAUUCUCGUACAACAGUGGCUAGCUCGAUCGCCUCCGUAACGCAGGAACCAGUACCUAUAAGGGUAGAUACAGAUGAUUUUUUGUAUCAUCUCAGAGUGAUACUGGCCACCGAGGAAACAGAGAUGGAUAACGAAUAUUUUCAUGGCCGCCUGCACUCCUGGGAUCACCCCGCGGAUGUAGUGACCACUAGUAGAAGUUUUGACUACGAAAGACCAAUUUCUCCGCCACACGAACUUGUAUCCGUGAGAUACCCAGCCUCGCAGGAACAGGGAAGACCAUUAACAAGAGAACGCAUCAAUAUUAUGGUUUUUGAUUUGAAUUCAAAGACAACCUGGGGUGGCAUCCCUGACAGAGAUGCUGAGGGUAGGCCAGCCACGGUAGCUUCAGAAACGGACACAUUCUACACUGGCCAGAGCAGUAUCGGUUCAAAGGCUGAGCGUUCAAGCUCCUUUAAAACUCCUCUGUGUGUUUCUCCGAGUAUGGGGGUUUCCGAGGCACCCAAACCCAGGCUCAUCUCGCCGGUGAGCUCGAGCCUUCUGCGACUCUCCACUCCAUCGCCGAGGAAAAGUACCCCUAACAGCCUUGUUUCGUCCAGUUCGCCUUUCAGUAUUUCUACUCUUAAACGCAAUACGUUACUGCCCUUGAAUAAUACCUCUCCUCUCAAAUGGAAUAGCUUUUACAAUGAUGCAGCAUACAAGCCAUACAGGAGUCCAAUGUUCUGUCCCACUCCCCUGCCAAAAGUUAGACCAACUUCUCACAGUCCUAUUUAGAAUAGGAGUACGAGAUAAGGGCUGUUAAAACGCCUUUGGUACUGCUUUUCACGCGUGUUACACGUCAUCUAGGUCCUAGUACUAGCCAUGGCGCGGGACGAGGUAGGUGCGUAAGCAGGCUUGCAAUGAGUGGAAACGAAUAACGAACAAAUCGCAAUUGGAUAAUAGUAAAAAAAGCUAAGCUUUACAGAGUUGUAGAGAAAUUAGUAUUUUGGACCAAAAAUCGGAUUUAUUGCCAGUUUACAUACAUAUGGGAUAAGUUGUGGGCAUCCGAAGACGCGAAAAAGGAUGGAGGACGG